CCCCCCCGCGACGCGUCCUUGACGCGUCUUUGAAAUUGCUUUUCGGACGCACCCUUCUCAAGCCAACCAACCGCUACCCUUCAACAUCAACUUCGACGACAACGAGAGACGACGCGACGCCAAAAUGCCGCUCGUUCAGCUCGAGGUUGAAAAUUUCAAGAGCUACCGGGGCAAGCAGAUCCUCGGUCCCUUUGACAAGUUCACAGCAGUCAUUGGGCCCAAUGGAAGCGGCAAAAGCAACCUCAUGGACGCCAUCUCCUUUGUGCUGGGCGUCCGGAGUGCGCAGCUGCGCUCGACUCAGCUACGCGACCUCAUCUAUCGAGGAAGGAGGGCCGGUGAUGUUGAGGAUGACGAUGACGACGAAACAGCAGGAGAAGGAACGGCGAGCACGGCAAAUGUCACGGCCGUCUUUGAGGAUAGCACUGGGAGGCAGCAUCGCUUUCAGAGAAGCAUCACGGCGAACGGCUCGAGCGAGUACCGGCUCAAUGGCCGUGUGCUCAAUGCAUCGACGUAUAUCAGCAAGCUCCAGGGCUUCAACAUCCUCGUCAAGGCCAAGAACUUCCUCGUCUUCCAAGGCGACGUCGAGGCGAUUGCUUCUCAGAAUGCAAAAGAUCUCUGCAGGCUCGUCGAUCAGAUCAGCGGGUCGCUAGAGCACAAGGAUGCAUACGACACUGCCAAAGCGGCUCAGCAGAGGGCAGAGGAGAACUCGACGUUUGCUUAUCACAAGCGCAGAGGUAUCAACUCGGAGCUCAAGCAGUUCAAAGAGCAAAAGGGCGAGGCAGAGAAGUUUGAAAAGCUUCAGCUGGAAAGGGUGAGUCUGAAGACGAGCUGCAAUGGAGGAUGACGAUGAGGCUGACCGCUGUAUGCAUGCGCGUAGGAUGAACACGUCUUGCGUCACCUACUCUGGCGUCUCUAUCACAUCGAGCAAGGCAUCGAUACCCAUUCAGCUUACAUUGGCGAGCAGAACGCCAAAUUGCCAGAUCUUCGAAAGACACUGAGCGAAAAGGAGAAGGCCGUCGAGGAUGCGCGCAGGGAGCAGGCAAAGACGGCCAAGGAGCUCAUCAAGGAGCAAAGGUUGCUUAGCCGAAGAGAGAAGGAGCUCGAGGCGCAGCUGCCAGGCAUUGACGCUCUAGACGAGAAGAUCGCGCACGCCGAGCGCAAGGCGGCCAACGCCGAGAAGAUUUGCACGGCUGUGGAGCGCGACGUGGCCAAAUACCAGGCGUCCGUUGCAAGACUGGAGCUGGAUUACGAGCGGGCCAAGCAGGCUGCUGACCAGGCUGCA